ACAGGAAGAUGAUGAAAUGAUUCCCUUUCUCAUGUGUUCUAGGUCGCUCUGCGAAUCAACGGCGAAGUCGUGUAUGUACUUAGUACGACUAUGUGCCAAUUCAGGGAUGGCCGAUUGGAAAACCUGCCAAGCAAAGUAUCUGUCGUGAAUGCGAUACCCGGCCUGUUAGCAUGUUAUUCAGGAAAAGUACUAACUGGACUUGUUAAGAGGCAUUCUGGAUGGGUCAGUGAUUUUGUCACCGAUGAUGUGCGUACUGUCGGCCUGGAUCUAUAAUGACUACCAGGUUGUCUUGGAGAGCGACUGGUAUGAUAUUACGCGUAACUUGCCAUGUACUACUCCCGUGGCUGGAAUAAUCGAUUGCCACUAGCUCACCUCAGUGUUGUCGACCGUGUCACAAUUCAGAGAUCGCCGCCGCCACAGCUUGACACUGGCAACUCUACGGGAAAACAGUGGGAUACCC